AAAAGAAAUGAAUAAUGUGAGAGAGAUAGAGGUGCCGAAUGGUGUUCAUCAUCUAAUUAGCGUUUUAAGAGUAUGGAUGUUCCUCGUUUUCCUUCGCCUAUAAAAGUUCGUUUUGCCUUCGAUUUAGUCGAGGUUGAGCACAUUCCCUUCUCUGAACAUUUCUCUGUCUUUCUCUCUCUAUUUCGGUCGGCGGAGUAAAAAUGGCUGAUGCUUAUUGGCGUUAUAGCACCAGCAGCCAACAAGCUGCGGCGGCGGCGGCGGCGGCGGCAGCUGCGCUUCCUCAAAAUAUCCUUGCUAAGAGACCUCGCACUGAAUACGGUGCCCCAAGUGGUCCUGAAUAUCCUGGCUAUUAUGGCCAUGUUGAUGAAAGGGGAAUGCCUGGAGUCAUCAGCGACGCAGAUCCUCUCGAAGCAUCCUACGAGCGCUACCUCCAUAGUGGGCAGAUUCCUUCCCAUGUUGCCGGUGAGUCUGCAAGAUCCAUGAAUAAUGGAAUUAGCAUCCAUCCUAUUGAAGCUCCCCGUGUUAUGGGCAUUGGGGGAUCUGACCCGCUAGCUUUCAAAGGCAGAAAUGUUGGAAUGCCAGGUGGCAGACCAGAAGUUACCCUUCCUCCGGAUGCUAGCAGUACAUUGUUUGUUGAGGGUUUGCCUGCGGAUUGUACAAGAAGAGAGGUGUCACAUAUAUUCCGCCCUUUUGUAGGUUACAAAGAAGUUAGGCUGGUACAAAAAGGAUCAAAACACGCUGGAGGCGAUCCAUUGAUUCUUUGCUUUGUUGAUUUCGCGAGUCCACUUCAUUCUGCUGCUGCAAUGGAUGCCUUACAAGCUUGCAAACCACAUAGGAGAUAUAAACCGCACUAGGCAAGUGGCAAGCUCCAUGCAACAAGUUUAUGGCUGAUCAGAAAACGGAGGCGGGAGGCCCACCUCUCAACCACUCAAACCAUGCCAUUCCCUGGUGGGUAAUUGAUUUGAAGAGCAAAAGAUUUCAUCACAAGCAUUUUCAGUUACUAGACAGCAGUUGGCAACUGAGUAGUUCCGACGUAUCUUAGCUUCAAUUUUCAUCUUCAUAGAUCAUGUUAAUGGGAGUAAAAAGCCAAGAGUAUGGACAGAAAAGUGCAUCCUCCGUUCCCGGGAUUGAUAGCUUUUGGUUGGGAUGGUAGUUUCUUAAAGCAUCAAAAUAUCGAGGAAGCAGAGAUGACCGUACUAUAGUUCCUUAUUCAGGUAGCGGCACAAUUUUAGCUUCUGUAGUAAUCUUAUUAUGUAAUAAUGUUAUGGCCAAAUCCAUCUAUAGCCCCUCAAAUUUGUCUUUAAAAUUCACUUAAACUCCUAAAUUAAGGCUUGUACCUAUUAAAUCUCUAAACCCCCCAA